UGUCUGCCUUUCAACGACAGUUCAGGCAGCGAAAAUACUCAAUGCCAGUGAAGCCUUUGACAAUACCUGGAGUACGGCCACCGAUUUGGAAAAUGAGCUGGAGUGUGUCUCGUCACAGCAGAAACGUUCGGUAAAAGGCAGCAGUUCCAGUAGUGGCGGCAGCAGUAGUGGUUCGGGAAAUUCUGGCGGCUCUGGUGGUUGGACCACCUGGUCCGAAUGGUCGACCUGCUCACGAACAUGUGAUGGCGGUGUUAUGCAACAAAUACGCCGCUGUCAAAACGCCAAUGGUUGCAAGGGUGACAGUGUGCGUUAUCGCAUUUGCAAUAUGCAGCCGUGUCCAGAGAAAAUUGAUUUCAGGGCGCAACAAUGUGCGGCCAAUAAUGAUGUGCCCUAUGAUGGAACUCUGUAUAAAUGGACACCGCAUUAUGAUUAUGUGGAGCCGUGUGCCCUGACAUGCAGGGGUCGACCUGCCCACUUGGCUGACGAUGAAUCGUCGGAACCCACCGCAGAUGACAGUGAACACUAUGAUGAAUUGAGUGUGGUGGUGCAAUUAAGUCCACGUGUCCUGGAUGGGACACGUUGUCGGUCGGGUAGCCUCGAUAUGUGUAUACAGGGCAAAUGUCAGCGCGUUGGCUGUGAUUUAAAAAUUGGCUCAGCCAAGAAGGUUGACAUUUGCGGGGUUUGCGGUGGCAAUGGCAGCUCAUGUUCCCAGUCGCUCUAUCAGUGGGAAACGGUACCGAUGUCCCUGUGUUCCGUGUCAUGCGGCGGAGGCUAUAAGAUGUCUCGUGUUGUGUGUCGCAGUCGAGUCUCUGGCACCGAGGUGGAGGAUGCCCUGUGCAAUGCAGCUAAUCGCCCUGAACCAUCUGUGGAACUGUGUAACACCCAUACCUGUCCGCCCAGAUGGAUAGCGGACGAUUGGAGUCCUUGUCACCGUCCCUGUGGUCCAGGAAUACGCACCCGUAUGGUUGUGUGUGCCGAGGAGAACAAUGGCCUAAAGACAAGAGUUGCCGACUCGCUGUGCCCUUUGCCCAAACCACCAACUCAAGAGCAGUGCAUUAUAGCCGAAUGCCCAAAGUGGGAGGUUGAAAAGUGGUCUAGCUGUUCCGAGUCCUGCGGCCAAGGCAUACAGAUGCGUAAUGUCGAAUGUAAAUCAGCCGAUGGCGGUUUGAGCGCCAAAUGUGAUCCUCUGACAAAGCCCUCCAGCGUUCAGCAGUGUACCACGGGCAUUUCGUGUGAGUCCGCGCCAGGGAAUGUGGGUGGCGGCACAAUAAUUGUGGGUAGCAGUGGUCCUAGGGAUCCCUUAAAUGUGGACGAGGAAGAUGAAGACCUAGUCGACGAAGAUGAGGAUGAAGAAGAUGACACCUCUGAAAUUGAAGAUGAUGGCGAUGAUGCUUCCUACAAUGAUCAACCGGUCUAUGCCCAUCACACCAUGAGUCGUCUGCAUCAGGAGGAACCGGACGGGCCACGUAUGAUGCGUUUACAGUCAUCGUCGCGUUAUCGUUCCGCAGAGGCAAGACCAUCAGAACCAACUUACAUCAAGGACAUCGAAUGGUCGCCAUGCAGCGUCACAUGCGGUGAGGGCAUCAGGCGACGCUCGUAUAGAUGUAAGAUUUUCUUGGAGUUUUCACGCACAUUGGCCACCAUAAAUGAUACCAUGUGCGAGGGAGUCAAGCCACACGAUGAGGUGGAACGUUGUGUGGAGGAGCCGUGUAUGCUGCCAUCGCAUGGCUACGACGAUCAGUAUCCAAGAGAUUCAAUAAAAGUUGGCGUCUCCGAGCCAGGCAAAACAUAUGUGUGGCGUGAACAGGGUUACACCUCGUGUAGUGCCAGUUGCUUGGGUGGUGUGGAGGAGCUGAUAAUAAAUUGUGUGCGAGAAGAUAAUGGACGAGUUGUUUCGCCAUUCCUGUGCGCUCCCGAGACGAAACCAGAAGCCAGGGUAAGGACAUGCAAUGAUAGGCCGUGUCCUCCGCGAUGGAAUUACUCAGACUACACACCCUGUUCCAAAUCUUGUGGUAUUGGCAUCAAAACGCGUGAAGUCCAGUGCAUUCAUGAGGUGACAAGGGGUGGUGAAAAUACCAUGGUGGUGCCGAACAGUAUGUGUCCUCAACCACCACCAGCAGACCGGCAGUAUUGCAAUGUGUUGGAUUGUCCAGUGCGCUGGGAGGUGGGUGAGUGGUCGAAAUGUUCCCACACCUGCGGUUAUGGCUACAAGGAACGCAAAGUGGAGUGUAAACAGAUUAUGGCCCAGGAACAUAAAAUCGAAAGACCCGAGUCCAUGUGUCCCAGUGCCAAGCCACCAGAUAAGAAACCCUGCAAUAUAAAACCAUGCCCACCGGAAGAUCCCAAGCCAAUAAUACAAAUCAGCAAUACCACCCACAUACAACAUGAUCCGAAGAAAUCAAAAAUCACCCUCAAGGUGGGAGGAGCAGGUGUGGUCUUCUUUGGUACCCAGGUUAAAAUUAAAUGCCCUGUUAAGAGGUACAAUCGCACGAAAAUAAAGUGGAACAAGGAUCACAAACCUUUGGUGAAAUCAAGGAAAUUCAAAGUCUCCAAAAAGGGGGCUUUGCGUAUACUGGAUAUAACAUUCCGUGAUGCGGGGGUGUAUUCCUGUCAUGCUGGUCUUAGUAGUGCAGAAAUAACAAUUGAUGUCAAGGCCAAGCCAGGCCAAAGGCCGGAGGAUUUGGAGAGGCAUGAAUCAGAUCGCCUGGUGCGUGAGAAGAGUGGUACGGAGCCUUUGACGGCGGCCGAUAUGACGGCUGCGGAAAAUAACACCCAGACCACACGUCGCAAACAGCAACAGAAUGCCAGAGAACGCAAUCGUCGUCCCAAAUCGGAUGGCAUACAACAGCAUGCGGACAGCAGUAUUAUGGGCGAUGAGCAUUCACAUUUAGUCCAACAGGCCCAGGAUGGUUUGCCUCAACCGAGUGCCAGCAGUGGUAGCAGUCGUCGCACCAAUGCCUUGUUGGCCAUGCCAUAUUUCCAGGCUUUACUAAGUAAUCUACAGUAUUUUUGGUCAUCAUUCCAGAAAUUUGGCAAUUCUCGUGGCCAUCACAUGCUGUCGGAUAGAGGCCUGCAAUAUGGCUUGGAUGUCGAUCAGGAGGAUGAGCCAUUGAAAAUGGUAUCGCACAUUACAACCAAAGACUUGCAAACUCCGCUAAACGCUAACAAGGCUUACACAAAACCAGGCAACCGAAACAAUGGCAACGAAGUUGGGGCGCACGUUGAUGGGGAUGGCGAUGAUGAUGACGACGACGAUGCCAGUGUUGAUGGUGUUGACAAUGUUGAUGAUAUGGUUGACCAGACGGCGGAUACAGCGACAAAUGCCACCGAUAACGAGAGACAAUCAACUUUACAUUUACCCCAUGCCAGAUGGCCGAAUCAUUGGUCAGAUCUACCACCGUCACACAUGACUUCCGCCAAUACAGUCACGUACAAAUGGCUAACAAGCCCAUGGACGCCAUGUUCACAGAAAUGUGGAGCUGCUGGUUCCGGAUUGAGACGACGCACCAUUACCUGUAUACGUAUCCAUUUAACCAACCUCCCCAACCUCCACAAUGGCGAAGAGGACAACGAAAAUCUGCUCGGUAUGGAGGCAACCACGGAAGAGACCAACGAACCACUGGAACAAGAAGAAGUUGUGGACAAUGCAUUCUGUGAAGAUUAUGGCCUGGACAUACCCGAUACCUUUGAGACAUGCGGUAGCGAAGAGUGCCCCCGUUGGAUCAAGGGAGAAUGGUCGUUGUGUCAUCAGUCACGUUGCUUUGGCCGCAACACAGCUAUCCAGCGACGUGAAGUCUCGUGUCGUUUUGCCAAUGAUACCGUAUCUCGUCUAUGUCCGGAAUACGAAAAGCCCAUCAGUCGCCAGGAGUGCUACAAUGAGCGUUGCAAGGGUGUGUGGCGUGUGGAGCCUUGGUCGGAGUGCAAUGCUCCUUGUGGCCGCCAGGGCAUCAAAUAUCGCAUACUGCAGUGUGUUUGGUAUGGCACACGGAGACCAGCGGGCAAUGCUUGCAAACAUCAAAACCGACCUGCAGUAAUGAAAGUCUGCAAAAGUCCACCCUGCUAUGCAAAAGCCAUUGAGCGAUGUAAAGAUACUUCACGCUAUUGCCGCAAUGUACGCUCCAUGGGAUUGUGUCGCCUGCAACGCUACCAGGAGAAAUGCUGCAAGUCCUGCAAAUACAAUAGCAUUCCAAAUUAGCAUUUACUGUUUAACAAUAAUCUACACCUGCCAUAUAAUUUGUAUUUCCACCACCAUCUGCAGCAGCAUCGGCAUCGGCAGCUUCCUAUACUUCGUUAUCAUGGUCAUCAAUCUCCACCUUCGGAACUCACAGAUUCAGGCACAAUUUAUGGUGAACCAAGGUAUGUAACAACUACGUUAUGGUCCGACCAAGUCAUCACAUAACCAACACUUCUUGGCUAAAACGCUGGAGGACGACAUGUGAGUCCAGAUGCAGGAAAUGUCUGUCACUCGCACACACAAAACAAGCAAUUAUAGUUAAUGAAAUAAGAAAAACCAAAAAACAAA